AUGGAGGAGCCCGAGAAAGAGAGCCUCGAUGGCUCGUCCAUAAAACCCGUCUCAUCUCUGCGGUCUCAUUUCGAACAAAUGGCGAAUGCUCAGCCGACCAAUAACACAGCAAUAAGAGGCGUCUCCCCAAAAGGUUCGAGGAACAUUACAAUUUCUGGAGAUGCCGCCAGAGCAGCGCCAACCAUACCAAACCGAUCGGACACCGUGCCGCAUUCGGUGGAGUCACUUCAAGCUACGAGAGGUCGUGAUACAGAAGUAGCUGAUGUUACACUAUGGCCUCCGCGUGCCAAUGGCGGUCGAAAGCUAUCUCCCUCGCCCACUCGUAUUAUUACCUCAAGGCCAAUUCCACCUCCCGCUGUUACUGUCCAACCACCCCAGUCACCCCCAAAGAUAAAGAACUCAGGUCUUUCAUUGGCAAAUGCCUCGGCGUAUUUAUCAAUAGAUGCACCUUUCUCAGGCUCGUCCAAUAGUUCUUCCCAGGGUCAUUUCAGAAUCCCUAGUCGGUCCAAUACACCUUUGUCGGAUACCAAGAAUUCCCCCUCUAACCCGUCUUCACUCCCGCCCUCGCCACCUCCUCCUAGACGAUCGGGUGAAAUGAGAAGAAAUUCCUCUUUCAAAGCAGGACCUCCACCGAUCAAUCGCGCCGACAAACCGAAGAUAUCGAGUAAGCCAGUAGGCUUCAGUUCAAGCGCCGAAAGUGUGAACUUAGCUCCAAUAUCUGUCCACAUUCCCAUAGAAAAGACAUCUCCAUUUAGUACCCCUCCAAGUAGUGGAGGAAGCAUCGAAAAUGAAUAUCCAAUAGCACCCCCCUUGCCGCGAAAUAGGCCACGGCCAGUCUCCUACACACCUUCAUCUAGGUCCUUCGAGCCUCCACCUAGACACCAUUCGGUCUCAAGUAGACAGAGAGAUCAGGAGGCGAAUGGUUUGGGACGUAGUAAAAUGUCUCCACAGUUCACUGGAGGAACCCGAAGACCUGCAUUACCUAAUAGACCCCAUAUGCCACCAGAAUUUUCCAUUAGUCGGCCAAUGCCACCCCCCCCUCCUCGGCCCUCCGUUGACAGAUCAAGACCGCCGGUGACUAAUGUUAUGUCGACCGACAUUGCAACCCCUCCAAAACGAGUCUUAUCAAAUCCUACGGCACAGUUGCAAACUCCGCCUAGAUCCCAUGGAAGAUCCAUGACGGUUGAUAGGACAAGUGACAGAACACCAAAUGAGUUUAGGACUCCGAUGGUCUCUUUAUCAAUUAGGACCGACCAUCGACCCUCGAUAGAUGUCCCCUCUACGCCAGUGGCUAGAGAAGGCCUAUCCUUUAAGGCAGGUGAAUAUCCCGAUACCUCUCACUCGAACCGUAGGCCUCCAUUUUUUACCAAAGGAGUAUACGAAAUAUCAACAAAAUACGAUACUCGCAUUUUAGAUGUGUGUGGAGAAUAUGUGUGUACCACAGGUCAUCUAACCAGGGUCUGGAGUCUGUUAGACGGUGGAGUAGUUAUGAGCCUAGCCCAUACAGAAGGAAUCAAAGUCGUAUCCGUAGCUUUCAAGCCAGCUGCAGAAGUGCAAAAUGAGGGCAGAAGACUAUGGUUGGGGAAUAACGUUGGGGAUUUGGUUGAAGUUGAUAUUGCUAGUGGAAGCGUUGUUGCAAGCAAGUCCAACGCUCAUACUAGACGUGAGAUUAUAAAGAUUUACCGACAUUUGAACGAAUUGUGGUCACUCGAUGAUGGUGGAACAUUGCAUUUAUGGGCUCCAGACAACACUGGUGAACCCAACCUGACCAACCCAUCUCAGAGCUUUCGACUUCCGAAAGGGCAUACGUUUUCGCUGGUUGUCGAUGAUGAAUUGUGGCAUGCAGCAGGCAAAGAUGUACGAAUCUUCAUCCCGACGCUGGAUGGAAGUUCCCAAUUUCAGGUACUACAACGUCCCCUUCAUCAACCAGAUGCGGGCGAAAUAACAUCAGGCGCUGUCAUAAGUUCUCAGCCUGACCGCAUAUACUUUGGUCAUGUCGAUGGGAAAGUAAGCAUAUAUUCUCGAGAUGAUUACGCAUGCUUAGGAAUAGUCAAUAUUAGUGUCUACAAGAUUACAUCUCUUGUGGGUGUAGGUAAUAAUCUUUGGGCUGGCUUUAGCACAGGUAUGAUAUAUGUAUAUGACACUACUCAUACUCCAUGGAUUGUAAGAAAGGAUUGGCGUGCUCACCAUGAUCCACUCAUUGGCUUGUACGUCGACCGUAGCAGCUUUUGGACGCUUGACCGGGAACAUGUCAUCUCCUUGGGCCAGGACAAUAUGGUACGACCAUGGGAUGGCAUGCUCCAGGAUGAUUGGAUGGAGCAACAGAUGCAAUCCCAAGAAGCAGAUUUCUGUAAACUUACUCCAAUCCGAACCUUAGUUAUGACAUGGAACGCGGGCGCAUCUACGCCAUAUCAUCUCCAACAAUCGGAUCAGGAUUCGAGGUUUUUUCCCCAACUCCUUCGGGACAGCGAUCGACCGGAUAUAUUAGUCUUUGGUUUCCAGGAAUUAGUGGACUUAGAGGAUAAGAAGACCACUGCCAAAAGCUUUUUCAAAUCUAAGAAAAAGGAGAAGGAUUCUGAUCACGAACACAUGAGCCACCAAUAUCGAAAUUGGCGAGACUUCCUCACCCGAUGCUUAGAUGACUGUGUUCAGGGUGAAAUAUACCACUUACUUCACACAGCAAAUCUGGUUGGCUUGUUCACGUGUGUGUUUGUUAGAUCACCUCUUCUACCGCGAAUCAAGAAUAUCAAUGCUGCCGAAGUCAAGAGGGGGAUGGGUGGACUUCAUGGGAAUAAGGGCGCCUUGAUUCUCCGAUUUGUCUUGGAUGAUACAUCCAUGUGCUUCAUCAACUGCCAUCUUGCUGCUGGGCAAACGCAAACGAAAGAUCGAAAUACCGAUAUAAGUAUGAUCCUCGAAAGCCAGGUUCUACCUGCAGAGCGUGAUCAUAGUGUCCGCAUAGAUAGUUUUGUAGGAGGCGGCGAUGGAACGAUGAUACUCGACCACGAAAUCUGUAUUUUGAACGGUGAUUUGAACUACCGUAUUGAUACGAUGGGCAGAGACACCGUGGUUAAUGCGGUCAAGGCCAAUAACCUAGGGAAACUUCUUGAACGAGACCAGCUUCUUGCCUCAAAACGCAAAAACCCUUGGUUUCGAUUGCGCGCUUUCCACGAAUUACCGAUCACUUUCGCGCCGACCUAUAAGUACGAUGUAGGAACGGAUAAUUAUGAUACGAGCGAGAAGAAGAGAGCACCCGCCUGGUGUGAUCGACUACUAUAUCGUGGACACGAUCGUGUGGAACAGCUCGAUUACCGUCGGCAUGAGGUUCGAGUGUCUGACCACAGACCAGUAACUGGACUAUUCAACAUGAUUAUCAAGACUGUCUCGCCUCAGAAGCGUGCUGUGAAAUGGGAGGAAUGUCAACAGAACUUUAAAGAUUUGAAAGAAAAGCUAGGUUCUGAAGCAAGGCUUGAUUAUCUUACGAAUGUUCUGGGUUUUGAUCUAAAGACUAGUCAACAGAUAGUUGCAUCGGGAUCGGGAGCUUAUAGGGGCCGCUGA